UUUUAAAUAUUCCAAAGCGACAAGUGUGAAACCAAGUUCUUUUAUAGAAUACUUUAAACAAAAAGUGUUGCAAUAUUUAACGAGCUUAAAAGUAUAUUAGUGCAAUAAACUCUAAUAGGACAUCAGAUAUUAUUCAACAGAUCAAACGUUUUCAGUUAUUAAAAGAACUCGAUUCAAAAUGCGAUUCACAAGCAACAUGGCUCAAAUUAUCGAUGGCAAGGCCAUAGCCCAGGAGGUGCGCACCCAACUAGCACACGAGCUCAAGGGAAUGGAGGCUGCUGGCUAUCCGAAGCCCCAUCUCACGGCCGUCAUUGUGGGCGAGGAUCCGGCUAGCGAGAAGUAUGUGGCUAACAAGAUGGUCGCCUGCCGGGAGGUGGGCAUCUCCAGUGAGACCAAGAGAUUGCCCGCCUCUACCACGCAGGAGGAGCUGCUGCAACUGAUUGCCGAUCUGAACAAGGAUCCCCAGGUCACGGGGAUACUGGUGCAGCUGCCGGUACCCGAGCACAUCAAUGAGCGCACCAUCUGCAAUGCCGUCGAUGUGGACAAGGAUGUGGAUGGCUUCAAUGAGGUCAACAUCGGACGCACGGCUCUGGACAUGGAGGCCAAUAUUCCGGCCACGCCGCUGGGAGUCAAGCGACUGUUGGAGCAUAUGAAAAUCGAAACUCUCGGUCGUAACGCCGUUGUGGUGGGACGCUCCAAGAAUGUCAGUCUACCGAUGGCAAUCUUGCUGCACGCGGAUGGCAAGUAUGCCACCAAGGCAAUGGAUGCCACGGUGACCAUCUGCCACAGGUAUACACCGCCCAAGGAACUGGCUCGCCAUUGCCGCCAAGCGGAUAUCAUUGUGGUCGCAGUGGGAAAGCCGGGUUUGAUCACCAAGGACAUGGUUAAGCCCGGAGCCUGUGUCAUCGACGUGGGCAUCAACCGCAUCAAGGAUGAGAGCACUGGCCAGUUUAAGCUGGUCGGAGACGUGGACUUUGAAGAAGUUCGCCAGGUCGCCGGCCACAUCACUCCUGUGCCCGGCGGAGUUGGUCCCAUGACGGUGGCCAUGCUGAUGCACAACACGCUGAAGGCAGCCAGGAAGCAGUUCGAUGAUCGCAAGUCCUCCUGAAGAUUCACCAGUAACUAUCGUGCUUCGCUGGCCGAGAAAUAGUAUUUUUAUUUAAUCCCCUAAACCUAUAUUAGAUAGUAAAGUUACUGACCACAAGCUAACAUGACAUAAACCCACAUAUUUUGCUAUAUAAACAGAAAUAAUGAAAU